CGCUGGGAUCAGCGCGUGCGAAAAGGGCGAGCAGUGGCAGUGGGCGCUGGCGCUUCUGAGCGAGAUGCGGGAGGCGAAGCUGGAGCCCGACGUCAUCAGCUACAACGCUGGGAUCAGCGCGUGCGAGAAGGGCGAGCAGUGGCAGCGGGCGCUGGCGCUGCUGAGC